AUGUUGCGGACCAGUUUUCUUGCCACAAUCCUAUCACAGCAGGCCUUCGGUCAGCAAAAUAAUGCCAACGCUCAGUGUUAUUACCCCAGCGGUAAACUUCAUGAAAAAGGAGUUGCAUAUUACAGCAGCGGGGUGAGCACUUGUUGCGAAGCAUCACAAACAUGCCUCAGCAACGGCCUAUGCUACGAUAUAGGCUCGAAUACGCUCAAUCGGUACUCCUGCACCGACAAGGACUGGAAGAGCGACCUGUGUCCAAAAUUCUGUGAGGCUGCGUCCCGCGAAGCACCCACCGAGAUCCGCCAGUGCUCCGGAAGUUCGGACCUCUGGGUCUGCGGCUUCCGAUGA